AUGAAUAUUAUAAUUUUAUUUUUAUUUUUUUUAUAUAUUUUAAGAGGAAGUUCAUUUCUUCAUAACAAAAUAAGUUAUAAAAAAAUAAGCACAUCUGUAAGUAAUAAAAGCAUUAUAUUUAAAAAUGAAUAUAAAUUUUAUUAUUUAAAAAAGGAAAAAAAUAUAAACCAAUUACAUUCUUUAAGGAGUUCUGUAUCAAAUUUGCUGAAUACUCUAAAACCAAUAAAAGUAAGAAAACUAAUAGAAAUAGUUACAUUUAAUAAAAUCAAGAAUUUUCUUCAAGAAAAUUUUCUAUAUUACAAUAAUUUAUUUAAUAAAUGCAAGUUAGACAGAGUAAUUAUAGUAUUAAAUGUAUUAUUAUACUUAUAUUUAAAUCAAAUAGACAAAAAUAAAGAAAAGAAAAUUUUUUUUCAUAAAGGAAGCUUAUUAGAAGUAAAGGAUGAACAAAAAUGUGAAAAGUACAAAUGCAAUUACAGUGACAUUUAUAAAAAUAAAAAUUAUAAAACCUUUUUUACGUCCAUUUUUAUUCAUAAAAAUAUUUUACAUUUAUAUUUUAAUAUGAGUUCUUUGAUAUCUAUAUACAGAGUAAUUUCAUUUAUAUAUACUAAUAAUCAAAUAUUAACUGUAUUCUUAUUAUCUGGUAUUUUAUCUAACGUAUUUUCUUACAUUUACGAUAUGAAAUACAAAAAUAAAAAUGUGUUUUUAAAUGAUUUAAUUGAUCAAAAUUAUUCAAAUAAAAUUUUUUAUAUAAAUAGAAAUAAUAAAAUCACAUGUGGUAGCAGCUCCUCUAUUUAUUCUUUAUAUGGAAUGCAUAUUACUCAUAUAAUAUUUUUUUAUUUUAAAAAUAGAUAUAUCAUAAAUACUAAUUUUCUAUAUAAUUUUUUUUAUUCAUUUAUAACUUCAUUACUUUUGGAAAAUGUAAGUCAUUUUAAUCAUAUUUUAGGCUUUUUAUUUGGGUCGCUGUUUUCCUUUUUUAUUAUUUUAUUUGAUAAAAAUUAG